UCGAACCAAUGCCUUCAGUCUGCGAGAGACUCGCGGUUGGGUUGGUGUUUUGCGUCUAGCGUGUAAUUCGCGUUUCUUCGUAAUUCACUUUAUGGUUUAACUUCUCGUAGUUAGAAGGUUAUUUUUAUUUCUAAAUUUCAGAAAGUGUGUUUGCGCAUUGUCGCGUAUAUUUAUUAUACACGCGUAAAGUAUUGUGAAUAUGACAAACAUAUCCAAGGGCAAAAGAUCGUCCGCGAAAUUAAAAAGUAUGGGCGACCACGAUGCUUUUUUGAGUAGAAUUAGCAAGACACUUUAUUAUUCUAAAUUACCAAUGACCGAUUGCCUCAGUUUACCAGUAACUGAAUUAGCUGCGGAAUUGUUUACUGAAGCAAAGAAUGGACGCACGCUGGAACGCCUCGAUGUUGAAGAAGCGAGCCGUGUCUCUCGAAAUGCAUGUGUCUCACCAUGUUCUUUGGUUCUUGCUCUGUUGUAUCUGGAACGUUUGAAGGAUUGUAACCCUGAGUACCUUAACAAAGUGGCACCAUCUGAACUAUUUCUGGUUUCCUUGAUGGUAGCCAGCAAGUUUUUGCAUGAUGAUGGAGAGGAGGAUGAGGUAUUUAAUAAUGAAUGGGCACGCUCUGGAGACCUGACUGUACCACAGAUUAAUAGAUUGGAAAAGGAAUUCCUCAAUGCCAUUGAUUGGGCAGUCUUUAUUGCUGAUCACGAUUUUUGGGAACGUCUACAAAAACUAGAAAAAGAUGUGGCGUAUAAAGAAGCUCGUAAAAGAGGUUGGUUCUCUUACACAGAGCUUACUCGCUUAAUGGAUUCAGCUUGUCUUGCAACGGUCAUCCAUACCCUGGUCAGUGUGUCUUCGGUCUGUUUGGCAACCUACGCAGCAGGAGUAGUUACACUGUUUGGUUCGGCUUUGGUGGCAAGUCACCUACCUGGCACCAUUUUACUUGCUCCUGGUCAAAGUGUCGUGCAGUCUGAGCUAGUGGAAAACAACCAGAUCGUCACUCCAGAAAACAAGAUGACAACUGAUAAAGCUGAGACGAACGUAACAGAUUUAUUCCCCUGCACAGAAAUUCAUAAUCCUUGUAGUGAUUUGGAGAGAGUUAACAGAACCGAAAACGUCGGAUGGGAGUGGUGGUUAAGUUCAAUAAUGACCUGGCUCCCAGAAUACUCAGCCCUUCAAAACGACAUAGACUUUGAUGGACAGGAAUUAUCAGAUGUAACCAGUGCCUUUAUGGAACAAUCCCCAUAUAAGGAUGAUAACCCUGUUGAAAAUGCUGUAGAUCUGAUUAUCGACUGGAAAGAGACCCUUGGUUUAGAGUUGAGUUACCCUUCAAAGGACUGGAGGUAUUAUGCAAAUUACGUAACAAAAAUUUCUCUCGGACAUAGUCACUGAUCCCCAGUGCACGCAUUGUGCAUCUAGCAUAACGCUUUCACAAUCCUACAUUGAUAAUAUUAAGAAUACAUUCAUUCAUACAUGAAAAUAUAUUUUUUGUACCGAGCGCUAUGAAAAGCAACGGAAUAAUUUUUCCAAUAAAAGCGAGUCUACUACUUAAA